AUGGUUUUUGUAAAAAAAUUAUCUUCACUUUUAAAUAAUAAAGUCGAUGAUAAUGAAACAAAUUGGUUAUCCAUUUAUAUAGCUAGUGUUUUAGCAUUUUCAGCUUCUGUUCAAUGUUCAUUAUAUUUUAGCUCAAUGUGGCCUUUUAUGACUGUUCUUGAUUCGAACGCAUCAUCAACAUUUUUUGGUUAUGCUAUUGCAUCAUAUUCUGUUGGAAAUAUUAUUCUUUCUCCACUUUUUGGUUGGUGGAGUAAUAAAACUGGAACUAUAAAACCACCUGUAUACUUUGGUUUAUAUGCCCAAUUACUUGGAAAUUUUAUUUAUAUGAAUCUUGAAUGGUUUCCUGUUGGGGCAAAAUAUGGUAUGAUUGUAGCUAGACUUUUUACAGGUAUUGGUUCAGCAACUAUAACACUUUUUAAAGCAUACGGUGCAUCAGGAUCAAGUAUUAAGGAUAGAUCUAUAGCAAUUGCUUAUAUAACAAGUGGUGUAGCAAUUGGAUUAGCUAUUGGACCAGUAUUUAAUUUAUUAUUUACACCAAUUGGCUAUCCUGGUUUUACUUUUUUAGGAAUAAAAUUUAAUAUGUAUACAUUACCAGCUAUAGGUUCUGUUAUUACAAAUGCUAUUAGUAUUAUUAUUAUGAAAUAUCUUUUUAUUGAACAUUAUGCUGGUGUUGCUAAUAAAGAUGGAAAAGAAUCAGAAAAUUAUCAAAUUAUUCCAAAAUAUGAUAAAAUUGCUGUUUUUGUUAUUUUUGCCACGAGAUUUUGUCAAUUUUUUGUUUUUACAAAUCUUGAAGCAUUAAAUUCUCCUAUUUCUUUAAUGAUUUUUGGAUGGACUAAAAAACAAUCAAUCACAAUAUUAUCUAUUUCUCAAGGAUUUCUUGGUCUUAGUGCUUUUAUAGUAUAUUUUAUUUAUAUAAUUUUUAAACUUGAUAGAUUUAUUAAAUACAGGCUUAAUUGUAUUGGAGGUAUUUUAUGUCUAUUAAUAUUUCAUAUAAUAACUUUUUCAUAUCCAUUUUUACCAAAAGUUAUUACUUAUCAUUCUCUAAAUAUUACAAAUAAUGAUACAGAAGUAAUUGGUUGUGAUAUUGAUAUGUAUCCAUGGUGUGAAUACAUUACAAAAAUGAAUCCUUGGAUUUAUCUUAUUUCAUUUUCAAUAAUUGUUGGGAUGGGAUUUCCAAUAAUUAAUAUUGCUAUGAAUACACUAUUUUCAAAAAUAUUAGGACCUAGAAGGCAAGGAACACAGCAAGGAUUUAUGCAAAUGUUUGGUGGUUGUGGUCAAUUAAUUGGACCUAUAGUAACAAGUACCAUAUAUACAAAUUUUGGUCCACGUUACGUUUGGAUAACAGAAAUAAUAUUUAUUACAUUAACAAUAUCAUUAUGGUUAAUUUUUUUCAAAAGAAUGGUACCAUUAAAAUUUGGAAAUAAUAAAGUCUCUGAUAUUAAUAAAAAAAAUAGUUGUAAAAUAACGAAAAAAGAUAUUAUGUAA